AUGUUCAUUGAUCGUCUAAAGGGAAUCGUUUCGUGGGUUCUUGAUGGGGUCACCGCAAUUGCUCUCUUGGCUGCUGGUAUCGCUUACGCUGUGGCCCUUCGUGGCACUAAUUGCGACGAUGACAAAGUUGGUGGAAGUACUUGGGAUAAUCUGUUGAUCAGUGGAGGUUGUUAUUACGACGACGACGGUGCUAAGUGGUGUCGUGAUGGCGGCGUAGUUAAGAAGCGCUGUACGCGCGCCACUGCAGAUGCUGCAUUCAUGUUUCUUGCCUGCAUUGCUUGCAUUGGAGCACUGGUAUCCUCUUACAUCACUCGGCAUCGCUAA